CACAUAUAUAUUAGCAAUCUAUACAUAUAUAUAUAUCUGAUUAGAGGGAAUAUUGUUACACAGUCAACUAAAGUGUGAUAGGAUUGCAAUGUGUUGUCAUAUAUAAUACGACUCCUGUAACAUCUUACUAGUAUGGAGAAUUAAUUUGGUCCAUUGCUUGGUGACCACUAUAUAUCAGAAUUGAGUUUGACAGAUUGUAGAACACAAGUAGUUUGAAUAUAUAUAUGUGUGUGUGUGUGGGCGCGCAUGUGUUGUGUGUGUCAGCAUGAGAUUUUUUUUAUUUACUACUGAUUUUAAAUCAGAUUUACGGUGGCAUUCAUUUGUUACACACUCAAAACAAUCUGUAAGAAGUAGGUUUAGUGAAAUUAAUACAAAAUUAUAUAUAUUCUUUAGAUAUAUACAUUAUGUUCACAUGCAGCUUUAGCCUUUCCAUAUUAUUGAUGUGCUUUCUAGGCUAGCUCUCUGUUAAAAAAAAAAUUAUUAGGUAUAGUUAACUGAACACACCCACACACACAGACAAUUAUCAUUGAAUAGUUUUUUGUUUGGUCAUUUAGGAAUGUCAACAAAGAUGUCAUAUAUGCAUUAGUAGUUGGGAGGAUCAUAUACCAUUCUUUAGCGUUUAAUUAAUAUUUUCGUAUAUAAUUCCAAUUCCAAUUAAGUGGUAGCUACUGAGAAGUAUAAUAUUAAUAAAAUUAAACAUCACAAACUAGUGGAUAUUAUGAAACAAGAAAGUAAAGCAUCCAAACCAAAGGCUUGGCACUGAAAAUGAAACAUCUUUGAUAAUAAAUGUUCCAAAAAUAGUAAUUUAUUAAUUAACUAUAAUAUUUGAAAAAAUCAGGUAAUUAGUAGUAUUGUGCAAGCUAGUUUUAUUUUUUAAAUCGUGGGUUAUUUGUAUGUCAUCAUAGGUUCUGUUCAAUUUUGAUAUAUACACAUUUUGUAUUCAUGCCUCUGGACCAAACACUAAUAUAAAAUAAAACAAAGAAAGAAAAAUAAAAAAGAUUACCUAUUUAUUGGCCAAUCAUACAGUAUAAGAAUUGGGGAUAAUGGGGACAUAAUCAUAUCGUUUUCUUCAUUCUUGAAGAUCAAUUUUGGAUUAUUUGGGGCCAGGAUGAUCAAUGUUUUGUUUUCCAAUAUCUUGAAAUGCAGGUGUUUUAACAAACAUGAGGGGCACAAGACUAACAACUUUAUUUAUAUAUAUUUAUGAAAAAGGAAAUUCAAGAGAAUAUUUUAAUUAAGCUUAAGUUUGUAAUUGGUUUGUUAAUUUUCUAAUAUUGUGAUUAUGUGCAUUUGCUGCAGGGUCACUGUAUUGAGCCCUCAAUGGGUCAUGAGAAUGUUUAUACACUAUCGGCCUAUCACAUAUGGUAUAAUUCCAUCGGAGAUAGGUAAUCUUCCACGUCUCGAAAUGCUGAGCAUUCAUAGUGGCUCUCUAGCAGGAACUAUUCCAUCUUCUAUCUUCAACAUUUCUUCUUUGAAAAUUAUUGAUUUCAUAAACAAUAGCCUGUUUGGAAACCUCCCGGUAAACAUCCAUUGUGACUUCCCUGUUCUUGAAGCGCUGUAUCUUUCUUCCUAUUUGCUCACCGGUGAAAUUCCGUCCAACUUAUGGGAAUGUAGAGGGCUCCAAGAAUUAGCAUUGUCAGACAAUAAAUUCACAGGCAAUAUAUCGAAGAAUAUCGAAAACAUUACUUUCCUCAAAGCUCUAUAUCUGGAUGGUAACGGCCUAAAAGGAACAUUACCUAAUGAGAUUGGUAACCUUAAUCUCGAAGGAUUUAGUAUACAUGAGAACAACCUAAGUGGCCUCAUUCCGUCGAAUAUCUUCAAUGUGACAACAAUGAAAAUCUUUGAUUUGAACGACAACCAAUUUUCAGGACAUCUUCCUUCAACCAUGGGAUUUUGGCUUCCUAAUCUUGAAGAGCUUUCUAAUGACCCGGUCUUUUUCCUCCUUUUCAUUUUCAGUGAUUUUCUUUUUUUUUUCCGUCUUUUUCCUAUUUUGUCCUUUACCUAUUUCGUCUUUUUCCAGUUUAUCAAUUUUCCUUGCAUAACCUCACUUGUUGUGCUCGGAUUUGAUUCUGGUUUUGCAUGCAUCCAUGAGACUUGGUUUCCAUGAUAUUUGUAUUUUCACUUUUGUAGAAAAGCAUGCUAGUUGCUUUCAUUUUCGUAAAAGGGCAUGGAUGCAUACUUUAUUAUAAUUAUUCUUGAUUCUGGGGUUUUAGUGUAAUUAUGUAAAAUAAUUAUUUUUCGUUUUAGGGACCAUUUUGCAAUUUAUUUUGGAAGAAAUUUUUAAAAAUGACCUUUUUGCAAUUUUUGAAAAGUGUGACAAGUGUCACACUCUCAUGGUGCCACUUGUUAGCAAUUGGGUGGGGAGACUUGGAAGCAUAACCUCUUAAUAUUUGGAGGGUGGAGAUUCACCCAAAUUUUGGCCUAGGAUUGGUGCACAUGUUGGCUUUGAUUGUUGACAAGUGUAGGCUUAAGAUUAAGCCAAGGAAGGAGCAUUGGAUUAGUGACAAGUGUAGACUCAUGGUUUAGUCUUGCAUUGUGUGUGUGUGAGAGGUAGUGUAAGAGCACAUAGUGAGUGGAGGAUUACUAGACCCUCCACUCACCAUUUUCACCUUCAUCCUCUUCAUUUUCACUUGUUCUUCAAAACCCUAACAAAGACACCAUUGGAGAAAAGCUUGGUUAAUAGCUUUCUUCUUCAUUUUGGCUUCCUUACAUUCACCUUAGACCAUAAACCUUGGGAGUGAAAAAUUUCCUCUCAUUCUCUUCUUCAAUAACCCUAAACUUGUUUUACAUUUUGAGUUUGGUUGCUUGGAUUAUAGAGAUUCAAUUCUCUAUUGAGUUAGGGGUGGUAAUAUGUUUAUAUUUUAAGUGUUCUAUAAUCAUUGGGGUUUAAUAUGUAUUGUAUACAUACUUUUAAUAUGAUAGUCUUGCAUAUUAUAGGAAACCCUCACAUCUUAACUUAGGGUUUAUUGAUUUAAGCAUGUAUGAUAUGUAUAAACCAUGUGUAGAAGGAUUAUAUACUUUAGUAGUAUGCUAAAUUCUUGUAUUUUCACAUGCAGUGAUGAUAUAGAACUCUUGUAGAAUUAUUAAUGUUAUAUGCACUUUCCAAUGACUUGAAUUGCUCUAUUUGUUGAGAUGAUAAUUCUAUAUUCUUGUGGAUUACUAAUUGUAGUUACCUUAGGAGCUUAUUACUAAUAACUUUCUUCUUCAUUUUGGCUUCCUUCCAUUCACCUUAGACCAUAAACCUUGGGAGAGAAAAGUUUCCUCUCAUUCUCCUCUUCAAUAACCCUAAACUUGUUUUACAUUUUGAGUUUGGUUACUUGGAUUAUAGAGAUUCAAUUGUUUAUUGAGGUAGGGGUGGUACUAUGUUUAUAUUUUAAGUAUUUUAUAAUCCCUGGGGUUUAAUAUAUAUAUUGUAUACAUGCUUUUAAUACGAUAGUCUUGCAUAUUAUAGGAAACGCUCACAUCUUGACUUAGGGUUUAUUGAUUUAAGCAUGUAUGAUAUGUAUAAACCAUGUGUAGAAGGAUUAUAUACUUUAGUAGUAUGCUAAAUUCUUGUAUUUUCACAUACAGUGAUGAUAUAGAACUCUUAUAGAAUUAUUAAUGUUAUAUGCAAUUUCCAUUGACUUAAAUUGCUAUAUUUGUUGAGAUGAUAAUUCUACAUUCUUGUGGAUUACUAAUUGUAGUUACCUUAGGAGCUUAUUACUAUAAUGUUGAGAUUUAGAAUAUAAAGCUUAUUGUUGAGACAUGAUUUAAAAUUGACAAGUUGGUGGUAUUGUAUUGUGCAUAAUAUCAUAACGAGGACUUGUCAUUUCGUAUGCCAUUUUAGACUUGGAACCCUAAGACAUGGUUUGUGUGGUUUUAAAAUACUUGUGCAUAGAAGGUGGUUUAUAUGCCUUAAUUAUAGUGUAUGAGAUUUGAACUUGAUUAUGAUUUUGGAUUUUCUUGGGACAUUGUUACAAUGACAUGGCUAAAGUUUUGCUUGAGUGUGGGAGGUAUGAGUCCUCCCCAAUUGAGAUAGUGCGCAUUAGGGUGGUCUUCCCAGCGGGUUAAUGCCCGGAAUAACCAUUUUGAUCUUGGUUUAGUUCGAGACGUGAUAUCCAAGUCUUCCACUAAUUGAUUUCGCAUUAAAUUUCAAGUUGACAACUAAUGUUUAAUUGUAACUUGUAAUGAUAUUGAAACUUUAGGGUAUACGCAUAUGCUUCUUCCUACGAGUAACUUGAUUACUCACCCUAGUGGUUUGGGUUGUUUUUCAGGUAAAAAGACUAUGUUCUUGGAUACUCAUCAUCCUUAGAGGCUUAUGAGCUAUUUGAAGCAUUUUUGUGUAUUGACAUGCAAGUGUUUAGCAUGCCUUUCUUUUGAUGUCACAUUUUGUAUACCAUGGGUGUAUGGUACUUUAGAAGCUUAUGUAACUUUAAUAUCCUUAGAGGCUUAUGAUCAAACUUCGGUCGACUGAUGGCAAAUGGAAUCAUUAACGCACAGUAAUUCAUCAUUCCAGUAGCCAAUUCUACUGUUCAGGGCCUAUUUCGGUCGACCGAAACUUUAUUUCGGUCUACCAAAACAACCAGCACUUAAAUUCAAGACCUAAAUAACUUUCAUAUUCCAGUUUCUUCAGUUCAGUUUUAGCACUGCUGUUCCGACUUUGAAUGGCCAUAUCUCCUUCAUUUCUUAUCCAAAUGGGGUGAUUUUUGAGCCUAAAUUCAUGGAUUUUGAGUCAUAUUUCCAAUGGUACCAAUGCCAUUCUCAGAUUCCAAUCAAAGUGGGAGUUAUUCAUGUUUUAGUGAGGUAGUGUUAGUUUUCGCUUAAACUGGAAAAGGGCAUUUUGCGGGAUUCUUGGCCAAUAUUCUUAGAACCUCUUAGAAUGUUAUGAAAUGAUUAGAUUAGGUUGUAUUCACCUUGUUUGACUUUUUUAGAGUCAAUUUUCUCCUUUUAAAUUGUGAAUUGACCAUUUUGCCCUUUAUUAACGAAUUUUGCCCGUUUUAACUCUAGUUUCCUCUUUUGCUCACUUUAACUUCCGUGACCUCAUGAAAUGUCACAUUGAUGUCUUAGAGAUGGUUUUAUCUCAAGGGACUAUGGUUUCAUCUUUUGCUUCAGCAUUUCGGAUCCGUUAUUGGGUCAACUUUCGGGUCAUCACUGACGCACCGGGUUGAAAAACUUGGGCCGUCACAGGCUUUAUUUGGGAAGGAAUAGAUUCAGCAGAAUAAUCCCAAGCACUAUAUCCAACUAUUCUAAGUUUACCAUUCUAGAUAUGUCAGUUAACUCCUUCACUGGCUCUAUAUCAAAUACGCUUGGUAGUUUAACACUCCUCCAACGGCUCUUAAUUGCUGAAAAUAAUUUGACAAGGGAAUCUUCUACUCCAAAAUUAAGAUUUUUCACUGCUUUGGCCAAUUGCAGACAUUUGGAAAUACUGAGCGUAGCCGGAAAUCAAUUUAAUGGCAUACUCCCGGAUUCAAUUGGGAAUUUGUCUAUUUCUCUAUGAAUUUUUGAAGCAUUUGGAAGUAAAAUCAAGGGCAGCAUCCCCAAUGGAAUCGGCAAUUUAAGCAACUUGGAACUUAUACGCCUAAAUAGAAAUGAGUUGGUUGGACCUAUCCCGAUGACAAUUAGAAGGUUACUGAAUCUCGAUCAUUUGUACCUUGAACACAAUAGACUACAAGGACCCAUCCCAGAUGAUCUCUGCAAGUUAACCAAGUUGGGAGACAUUUACGUAAGUAACAAUAAGCUUUCUUGACCGAUACCAACAUGCUUGGGAGACCUCAAGUCUCUAAGAGGACUCUACUUGGACUCCAACAACUUGACUUGAAUGAUACCUCCAAACUUGUGAAGCCUUGAGGAUCUAUUGGGUUUGAAUUUCUCGACAACUCUCUCAGUGGUAAUCUACCAUUAGAUAUCGGGAAUUUGAAGGUCAUAACACAAUCGGAGCUGCUCAAUCAUUAGUCAAUUUCUCCUUGGCACAUAAUAAACUACAAGGGAAUAUUCCUUAAUCACUGGGCAACUUAAUAAGUUUGGAAUUCUUGGAUCUCUCCAACAACAAUUUCUAUGGAGAGAUUCCCAUGUCCUUAGGGACACUCAGGUAUCUCCAAUAUUUUAAUAUAUCUUUCAAUAAACUCCAAGGAGAAAUUCCAACUGGAGGACAUUUUGUGAACUUUACAGCUCAAUCAUUUAUGCAUAAUGAUGCACUUUGUGGCCAAGCCCAACUGCAUGUCCCACUGUGCAAAACCAAUAAGCACCAACGAUCAAGGUCGAAGAUUGUGCCUCUUCUGAAAUAUAUUUUACCUCCCGUUGCAUCAACAAUUCUUAUGGUGGCUCUCUUAUUUGUGUUGGUCCAACACCGGAAACAAAAGGUUAGAUUACCAACAAAUGCAGAUUUAUCACCUCUGACAUUGAGAAGAAUUUCAUACCAAGAGCUUUUACAAGCGACAGAUGCAUUUAGUGAAGCCAACCUGCUCGGCAUUGGAAGUUUUGGUUUAGUUUAUAAAGGAAUGCUUUCAGAUGGGAUGAAUAUUGCAUUAAAGAUUUUCAAUUCGCAAUUAGAAAGAGCAUUCUACAGUUUUGAUGCCGAAUGUGAAGUGAUAUGCAAUAGUCACCAUCGAAAUCUUAUAAGAAUCAUCAGCAAUUGCACUAACUUGGAUUUUAGAGCCUUGGUACUAGAGUACAUGCCUAAUGGGAGCCUUGACAAGUGGUUGUAUUCUCACAACUAUUGCUUAGAUAUUGUGCAAAGACUAAACAUAAUGAUAGAUGUUGCAUCAGCCUUGGAAUAUCUACAUCAUGAUCAAGUGACACCCAUUGUUCACUGCGAUUUGAAGCCCAACAACGUCUUACUCGAUGAAGAUAUGAUUGCACAUGUUGCUGAUUUUGGUAUUGCCAAAAUCUUAGGGGAUGGGGAUCUUAUGGCGCAAACCAUGACCUUAGCAACUAUUGGGUAUAUGGCACCAGAGUAUGGAAUGGAAGGACGAGUAUCAACAAGAUCUGAUGUCUAUAGUUAUGGUAAUAUGUUGAUGGAAAUGUUCAUGAGGAAGAAGCCGACUGAUGAAAUGUUUUCUGAAGAGAAAAGCUUGAAGCAUUGGGUGAAUGAAGCAUUGGAUGAUUCAAUAAUUGAAGUUGUGGACACCAAUCUGAUAGGAAGAGAUGAUGAUCUCUCUGUAAAGGAGCAAUGUAUAUCAUCAAUCUUUGGUUUGGCAAUGGAUUGUUCAGAUGAUUUGCCUGAGAAUAGGAUCAACAUGAAAGACACCUUGAUUACACUCCAGAAAAUUAAAAUCUCAUUUCUAGCAAAUGUUGAAAUGGCUUGAAAGACAAAGCUCUGGAUUAACAGAUUGGUUCUUGCUUAGCAGCUGCAUUUAAACACCAGUCCAGGUGCUCCUCCACUGGACCUAAGUUGGAUGGUUGAUGUGUUUCGUGUAUUUGGAGUUGCUCAUUUUAGCUUUCUUGCCUUUGUAUACUUUAAUUUUGAGUGUUCCUUGUUUGUGGUUUGGCAGCAUUGACUGCUCUGCUUUAUUUUCUUGUAUAUAUUCCUAGUUUUACAAGAGAGAAUGCAACUUGGUAGCUCACUUCGUUGGACAGUUUGCUCUGCCCCCACAAAUGUUCUAUUUCUUUUGAAAGUUUCUAUGCGGAGAUGGCCAGUAAUGUUGUUGUACCUGAUUGAAUUC